AUGAGCCGGCGAAAGAAUCCACAUCCGCAGCGCGCGGUAAACGUAAAGACGGUGGUUGUGGGUGAUGAUGAAGAAGAAGAACAAGAACCGGUGUUGUGUUUGCAAAUACCACCUGACGAGGAUGAUGAUGUUUUUGUUGUUGUUGAUGAUGAUGACGAUGGUGAUGACGAUGAUGAUGAUGAUGAAGAAGAUGAUGAUAAUGAUUAUGAAAAGGACGAACAGAUACGAAAAGAAGAGACUGCUUUUAGGAAAGGAACGAAGAGAAAGAGAACGCAACACGAGUGCGGCGUUUGCGAGAAGGUGUUUGUUAGCGCAUCUAAAUUGGCCGAACACAUGCGUAUUCACACGAACGAGAGACCGUACGAGUGUGAUGUGUGCGAGAAGCGUUUUACUACAUCUGGUAAUUUGAAAACGCACAUGCGUAUUCACACAAAGGAGAAACCGUACGAAUGCGAUGUGUGCGAGAAGCGUUUUCGUACAUCUAGUGAUUUGAAAAGCCACAAGCGUAUUCACACGAACGAGAGACCGUAUGAAUGCGAUGUGUGUGAGAAGCGUUUUAGUCGAGCUGAUAGUUUGAAAGUCCACAUGCAUAUUCACACGAACGAGAAACCGUACGAAUGUGAUGUGUGCGAUAUAGCUUUUCGUCAUUCUGAUACUUUGAAAAACCACAUGCGUAUUCACACGAACGAGAAACCGUACGAGUGUGAUGUUUGCGAGAAGCGUUUCACUCAAUCUAGUGGUUUGAAAACGCACAUGUGUACUCAACAUUAG